GGGAGGAGCCGUUUACGAAAUAAAACAGCGGAAAUAACGUUGCGCAGACUAAGUUGAACAACUUGAGCUACUUCAAAUUCAUCUAAACAAAAACACCACAACAAGUUUUUCUGAAGCAACAAAAUGGAUUUUGCAUACUUGGAAGUAGAUCUGUCAGUGAAUGAAACACAUCCUUUAAUAGAGUGCAUUCAAAACGACAACCCAAAGAAGUUAAGGAAACUACUACAGUCCAAUGACAUCAAUGAUCUUUACCGAUUCAAAGAAUAUAAUGAUUUAAUGACUCCACUAAUGGCUGCUGUGGCCUGUCACAAUGAAAAUAUUACAGUGUUUCUUUUGAAGGAGGGGGCAAAUCCAGACAUACUGAGCCGCAAUGGAUUCGCUGCUUUGCAUUAUGUCUCAUUAUGCAACGCUCCGCCUGUUUUUGUGAGGCAUCUUCUUGAAGCAAAGGCCAACCUAAAUAUGUCUCCAACUCUAGGUUUUACUGCUCUGCACAUUGCUGCCUGUAAUAACAGGAAAGAAGUUGUAAAAAUGCUUCUUUCAGCUGGUGCAGUAAUAUCACCUGUACCAGCAUACCAACGUGACUGUUCCUACAAUAAGAAACUCUCUGAGAUGAUUGGGAUACUCGCAUCAGAGGGGGAUGAGCUGUGUUCUAAAGCCAGGUGCUUUAUAAAGCUGGAAAUUUUUGCCCGUGAGAAAACUCCUGAAGAAGUUUUUCUAACUUUUCGCAGUGACAUGCUGAAUGAACAUCCUCAGACCCAUUUACUCAUGAUUGAAAUUCUCCUGACACUGCGAGAGCCAAAUCAAGAAAAAUACAGUCGACUAUGUAUCAAAUGGCUCAAAGAAACUGAUAACUUGAAUUCCUACAUUGACAAUCUUGUUACUCGUAUCCCAAAUAUUAAUACAUUUAAUGUAGGUAAGGCCAUUAAUGCUUUACAUGUCAUUUCCAACACUAUGGAGGAAAUACCUCUUGAGCAGGCGGUGGCUAUAAUUCCACAUUUACUCCUUCGAUUAAAAGAGAAGAGUCUAGUUCUUGCAGUGCUUCAAACCCUGUAUGUGAUAACACAGAAAACAAGUAAGACCCAGCAGUGGGACACCACAUUUCUGGAAACAUUAUGCAAAAGUAUAUCUCCUUUUGUAAAUAAUCAGCACUCCUCUGACAUUAGAGAGUUCACAUACGGAGUCUUUGCAAACCUACUUCCAUUAAAAAAUGCUGCUGAAAUGUUCACCUCAGCAGAGAUCUGCACUGUGCCUGAAGAUGUACUGACAUCUGCUGACAUGAAAAUGAACGACAAGCUCAAAGAGGGGCUGAGGAGACUCAAAGGUCACUUUAACAGAACUAACUCUGAAUGUGAGGACGUGUCAGAGGCUCCUGGGUCUGGGAAAAAGAAAAAAAAGAAAAGUCAGGAACAAACUGUCAGAAAGAUACAGUUCCUGUUGAGGAAUCCACUUCUAAUGUCCAGCCAUUUUUAUCCAACUCUGAAUCUUUGCCAACACGUAAGUGGCUCUCGAUCAGCAAAAGGUGGAAGGAAAAGCUGGAGAAACUCCAGAGCUCUGAACAAGUCUCUCGAGUAGGAAGUAUAGUGUAUGUGAAUGAUGCAGAGUUCCUCAUAGCUAAAGGCAGUGAUGGGACUGAGGUCUUCCUGGGGCUGAGGGAUGAUGGCACUGAAGUGGCCAUUAAGAGGAUGACAAAGUCCAACUAUCGAGUGUUGAAGAAUGAGGAGGGGUUCCUCCGACUCCCAGAGCUGGACCACCCUUCUAUAGUGCGAUAUAUCGAUAAUGCAGAGGACCAGAACUUUGGGUAUUUGGCUCUUCAGCUUUGUGAAUACACUCUGGAAGAAUAUCUCAGAGACAAUGACAAUCCUUCACUGAAAAAGAGUCUUAUACGACAGUUCCUUGACAGUUUGAAGGUUCUUCAUAGUCAAAAACCUCCAAUUCUUCACCGAGAUCUAAAGCCACAAAAUGUUUUAAUUGAUGUAAAGGGAAGAGCCAGAUUAUCAGACUUUGGCAUCAGUAGACGUCUGCUCACAGGACAGACCACUCUGAGAACAGCCAGUGCUGGGACCCAGUGUUGGAUGGCCAAAGAGACUCUGACAGAGGAGGACAGUGGGACACCAUACAAGUCAAACACUGACAUACAGGUUUGUGGUUUCUCAAAGAAAAUAAUAAACAUUAUUUCAAAGAAAACCUUGUGUUGUUUUCAGGUGGCUGGAAUGCUGAUUUAUUACAUCCUGUCUGGUGGCCAUCAUCCCUUUGGAAAAGGGAUCUUCUGUCAAACAAACAUUUUUCAGGGGAAAUACAACCUGGAGCAUGUAGACGACCAGGUGGCCAAAGACCUCAUUGAGUGGAUGAUCAACGAAAAACCCAGGGACAGACCCAACGUGGAGGAGUGUCUCAGCCAUCCCUUUUUCUGGAACAAUCACAAGCGAGUUGAGUACUUGAAAGAAGUUGGGAACCGUGAUGAAAUUGCCAACUGUCGGAAUGCUGAAGAAGAAUUUAUUUCUGCUGUAGAAGAAUUUGUGGUUGAGGGAUCCUUGAAUGACUGGAAAACAAAAUUCUCUGAGGAGUUGGUCCAGAAAAUGGACAAAAGGGGCAAAGCUUACCCUGGAAAUACAUUGGGACUAUUGCGCUUCAUAAGAAACCUUUAUGUGCAUUAUCGCGAGGAUGCAGCCCAAGUUGAUAUGUCAAUGUUGUUUCCGGAUCUUUUUGGUUCCAUUUAUAAAUUUGCCAAAAAACAGGGAUGGAAUUUGGAGACACCCCUGAGAGAGAUGUUUCAAAGUGAGGAGAUGGCCACAGGCUGUGUCACAUCCAGUCCUGAGGAGGAGGAACUCGCAGUCCCAGUCCAGGAGUCCCAAAGCAAUGACACACGGGUAACAAGGAAGGCACUGACAUGCUGUUGUAUAGGUUAAGUAUAAGAGAGAUCCUAAAAUAAUCACAACGAUAUGAUAAUGUAGAUGAAGUCUCCUUGUUUAGCCUACACCAAGGGCCAUAUACAGCUGUGUGAUUAAUUAUGUUUGAAUGAAGAUAUGAAUGAAGAAAUUAAUAUAUUAUUUUGAUACUUUAAUUAAAGUAUAUAAGUAUACUUCAUACUACUACCAUAGGGUGACAAGAUGUCCCUGUUUAUCCGGGACAGUCCCAGUUUUGAGCACAGACCAGUUUGAAGCGUGUGUCCAAUCUCCCAGCAGGUUUAUCCCAAAUAAGAGAUUUGUCCCUAUUUUUGACCAAUCUGAUAUCUGCCAACAGUAAAGAAGGGAAUAAGAUGUCAUUUGUUUAGCUAAAAUACAGAAAACUUUGCUUGAAAAUGAACAUAAGACAAAAAAAAACAUCCACUGUUUUGUUCCAACACAAGUCCCUUUGUUUAAAUGGACAAUGUUACCUGCUCUCUUCACAGUUUUAUGUAAACCAACCAUCCCAACCCUGGUGUGUCCACAUUUAGAAAUUUCAAAAUCUGGACACAUUAUGCUAGUCUACUUUAAUAGAUUUAAUGAGAAUCCAGGCUCAAAACAGUUCUGUUUAGUUGUGCAUAUAAGUCAAUUUUUUUUACUCUGUACUCUUACUUACUCUCUGUUUUAAUGUUCAUUUUACGAUGAUUAUUUAUGUUUUUAUUUGUUGUUUUGUGAUUAUGUGUUUAUUAUUCUGUAAAGCACUUUGAAUUACUUUGUGUAUGAAUUGUGCUUUACAAAUAGACUUGCCUCUUAAUAACUGAAAUUACUUUUGUUAAAUUUAAAUAACUGCUGUAACACUAUGUAAAAGUCUAUUUUAUACCUAUAGUAAAGAUGAUUUGUCCUAAAACC